CCGGAGGUCAAUACUGGCCGAUAGUGAAGCACGUAAUACUACGAAUGCCCCAUUGUGAUGUGUGCAGUAGUGGAACCACACUGGUCGAUCUGCCGGGGAUGAAGGACUCGAAUGCUGCCAGGGAUAAGAUAGCAAAAAAUUUCCUGAAGAACUGCACGGCAGUAUGGGUUGUGUCCCGUAUCCACUGAGCGAUCGAUGACAAGACGGCCAAAGACUUGCUAGAGGCGAAUUUCCGGCGCCAGUUGCUCAUGGAUGGACUGUACGGCAGUAUCGCCUUCAUCUGCACCAUGACUGAUGACUUCAUGCCCUCAGAAAUCAUCAGGUCACUUAAUCUUAAAGAGAAAACCAAAAAACAUGAAGAAAACGUGAAAAACAUGGAACAUAAGAAGGCCGCUCUUGACAGUGAGAUCGCUAACGUCAACAAUGUUCUGCAUGGACUCAGAAAGAGUAUAGAUGAGCAGAAAGAUGAAGUCCAGGAACUGAAGGACAAUCUGGCUAAGAUUGACUCCCCGCUCAAAGCAGCAGAAGCGGAACAGGUACAGAGUGAGGAUCUGGAACUUAUUCAGGAGCGUAAGGAAGAGUUGAAGACCAAGGAUGCCCUGAUCAGGGAAAAAGAGGACCAGAAUAACGAACUGCUUCGCCAGAAUCAGGAAGCCUAUGAGAAGAGAACGUCCCUGGAGAAAACAAUUUCCCAAGAGAGGAAAAAGAUAGCCACCAUCUGCACCCUGGCUAGGAACAAAAGCUCUAGCUCACAUAUCAAACGAGGCUUCAAGGAUGGUUUAAGAGAGAUGAAGGGUCUUGCGGGGAUUUUGAAAUCUGAAGACCCCGAGGAGGGAGAUGACAUAUAUGAUGAUGACAGCGCCGACGAUGAUCGGGACAUUAGCAGCACUACUGACAACCUACGGGUAUUCUGCUGCAGCUCCACUGAGUAUCAGAAGAUGACAAACCUGCUCGCCGAUGAUGGACCUCCGCAGGUUUUCAGUGACUUGAAGGACACCCAGAUUCCUGCCCUGCGGGACUACGUUCACGAGAUGACGAACAUCCAACAGCGUCAAUCCUUGGAGAGGCUCAUACACAACCUGGGCAGGCUCGUGUUUGACAUGCACACCUACAUCUCCGAGGGGUUGAACACGAUUGCAAGAGGCGUGGAAGCUGCCGGGAUUGCCAUCAAAAAAGAGCUAGAGAGACUGGACACCAACCUAGGUACCGUGUUACAGAAGUUGACUACCGACAUAGACCAUAUAUUUGAAGGCAGUCUUAGACCAAAGAUUGAGGAGGGAGCGUCCAGUGCUUCUGAGGAGGCUAACAAUACAUGUGCCAAGUGGGGUGCGCCAUAUAUUCGAGGUAAAACAAGGAACAGGGGUGAAGGAGGUCUGAGUUGUCCAACCUACCAAGCCACCACCCGUCGAGAUGGGGUGUAUAAAUCACCCACAUUUGGACCAGUUGAUUUCAAUGAGGACCUUGCUGCACCUAUGUGUUGGAGCUUUGCCAUUGUCUGGGGUGAGGCAUUCAGUGAGACGCUGUGGCGGGUGUUUGAGGUUCUGCAGAAUGACAUCCGGACCUGGAUAAAGGACUCCACUUGCAAACUACAGAAGCAGCUCGAGUCACUUGGGAUUUCAGUCAUCCGUAUUGACCGCCUCGCUAAGCAGGUCAUUUGCUCUGCAAACAACAAGCUGACGGAGAUGGUAAGACACCUUAAGGACGUGGUCACGCCUCGACAGCGGGGCAUUUCCCGAAUUGUGACGCCACACAUCCAGACAACGAUGCUUGACGAGUAUAAGCAGUGUGCAGCUGACUCCGGCAAUGGGCUGUUUGGCCGCAUGAAGAAGUACAUGGCCGAGGGUAUCGAAAACAAGCGGAGCUCCAUGUUUGACGGGGCAAAACGGAUGAUCAUGGACGAACUGAUGAAACUGCGGGCGGAACUAUUUCAGCAUGUGAAGGGUGUGAAAGACAUCCUAAUCACAGACAUGAGGCGGGGCUUCGAACCUCUGUGGGAGGCCCCAUCUACGUCAUUGGUUGCGCGACAGGAAUUUGCAAAAGUUCUCGAUGAGAUCACAGUCAAAAUGCGAGACAUUUACCGAGAAGCUGGUAUUGCGAACACAGAAGAUGGGAACAAAAACGCUGCCCCCACACAGGGCCACCUUGGUGGUGCUGCCCAGGGGUCCGGCAGUGUUACCACUGUUGCUAGGGUACAGGGGAUUUCCACAGUUGCCAGACAAUCAGAGUGGCCGACAUACACGGAUACAAUUCACAAGAAGGAAGACACUUCGUAUGACAUAGCAAGCACUGAGGCAUCCCUUAUGGCAUUUGGACAACAUACUCUGAAUGACUUUUAUGAAGAUCCUAUGGAAGACAGCCCCUUGGAGAUUGUUAAAUCUAGCCCAGCGUUCGUGUCACUAUUACCUAAGAUAGAACCCGAUGAAACACCUACGUUUUCCGAACCACAAGCAAAGAAGUCAAAACAGGAGGAAAAUCAGAGCACAUACAACCAGGCUAGUCGCAUUGCCCUAUCAAGCCCUUGUUCGACCAGGACAAUCAUGUCUACAAAGAUGAACUGUAGCCGAUCUGCCCCAAGUGGAGGGAAAGGCAAGGAGCCGGGGAAGGGGAAAGGAAAGAUGAGCAGCCUGUUACUCACCCAGACGAGUACGCCCAUACAAACCACACCAACUACCACUGUGGUAACAGAACCACAAGACAGGUCCAUACAAACUACACCAACUGUCACUGUGAAAACAGAACCACCAGUCACGGGAUACUCCGCAAGGCCCAAAGAGCAAUUGGAAUGAGAGAUUUCACAUAUGAGGAAAAAGAAAAAGAACUAUGACACAGAACAGAAAUACGAAUCGUGAAGUGUCAUUAAAUGUAUUGAAACUACUGAAGUUUGUGUGUGAUAUGCCACAUUUGGCUAUUGCAGGAAACAAAAUACCCCUCGAUUCGGAUAGUAUUAUCGCUGUAAGGUCGUUAUUUUCUUAUCAUUGUUUACAAAGUAUAGUGCAGGCUAAGGGAAAACAAUGUUCACGAUACUCGGUUACUAAACGAUACGUUGAGCAAUUUAUAUUUGGUUUGUAACCUGCUGAAAGCUAAGAGAUCAGAUUUUUAUAAAUAUCUUAAAAUAACAAAACAAAAUUUAGCUUCCUUUAAUUCAGUGUAAUUUUGUGUGACCAAGAAACCCUGAAAAUGACCAAAAAUGUAAAAAUCAACAAUUUAAAAAAAUCAUCUAAAAGGGCUCUUAUCGUAACAUAUUUACACCUCAACUUCCAUUCCUUAAAUGAACUGCCUUUCGGCAAUUGCGUUUAUCAAUCGAUGAACGCAACAUCUUCGGAUAAGUUCGGAUCGCAAUUCAUUGCAUAACAAUAUACAUGAAAAGAAUUGAUACUGUUAUUGUUUUUAUUGUGUUAGCAGGUCCCGUAAAAUAUAAAUCAACAUUUUAGAAAGUAUUAUUUUUUAAUUUUUAAAUGAAUACUUGCCUUAAGUGUUUGAAUUUUACGUUUAAAAGUUAUUUCAAGUGGUUGAUCUUUUCCCGCGUUAUUGUGACGUCAUUUGAAAAAAUGCUUCCGGUUACAGUCGGGUCGUUCUAUUUACAGAAUGGGUAGGAAAGAGUUACUGAAAGGUUUUCUUAAAUGAAAUUAAAAGUAUUUUUUCAACAAUUAUUGAAUGAAAUAAUGAACUGUCGGUGUAAAUACAAGUAAUGAAUUUCGGGCUUGAUGUCAUUAUCGGGGAUAUGAACGCAAUUUGGCUGGUUUAACUACGCGUGGAGUCCUUCGGACUCCACACACUUUGACCGGCCCAAUUGCGUUCAUACCCCGAUAAUGACACCAAUCCCGCAAUUCAUUCCUUAAAUAUAUGUUGGAGCAUAUAUAUAUAUGCCUUUAAACUGCUGUAAAACAUAACCGAUGUUUAUAUCUUCUGUCUAUGCAAACAUUUGAAAAAAUGUAUUUUUGGACCAGACACGUAGUAUGCUUUUCGCUCUAACAAAACAUAUUUAAUACAUUCUGAGCAUUUGACCACGAUUUUUGAAAAAUAUAUAAAUUGUUCAAGAUAUUGCUUAGUAUCCGAGUAUAGUGUACAUUCUUUCCAUAAGCUUGUGCUAUGUUUUGUAAAAAUUGAUAAGAAAACAACGAACCUAGAGCGAUAAUACAAUCUGAAUCGAGAGGUAUUUUGCUUCCUGCAAUAACAAAAUGUGACGUCACAAAUCACGUGGUAUAUUCACACUGUGUGUACGAGCUUAAGGUGGUCUUGUUCUUGUAAAUCUGUUGCAAGCGCCACGUGGUUGGACAAUUCAUUACAAUUGAAAGCUUGACCAGCAGAAGUAGUUCUUGAAAAUAUUACUUGCUGUUGAUUUCACAAACUGCUUGUUGCAGUAAUUGUUGAUAUAUCUUUAGUGAUCUUAUCAUUUUUGCUGACAAUGUUAUGAUGUAUAUAAAAGAAAGAAAUGAUGUUUUUUUUGUGUAUAUCGCUUCUGCAACAUUUUAUGUUAAAUGUGCUUUAUUUGUAUCACUACAAUUUUUUGUUUUUUAAUGAAGCUUUUUUAUAUUUUCUUUGAAAAAAACAAUAUUGAAUGUACAUGUGAUUUAACCCACUUCUUACAAUUGAAUGAAUGUGAAAACUUGGAAAGCAGACAUGCCUUUCUUAUAUUAGUUUUAUGGUUCCAUUGAUUUUAUAUACAAUACUAUAGCCAAACAGGUGAACUGAUGUUUUGCAGUUAUUUUUCAACUAGUAUGUUUUAUUACAAUCGUUAUUAUACUUCUAAUAGGAUGUUGAUUAGUUUUAGUUUUUACCAUUUAAACUUUAGCAUUAAAUGAAAUCACGUGAUUUUUUUUCCAGUUAAAAUCGGUUCUAUUAUUCUUCAGAAGUAGUGAUUUUAACUGUUGAAAAUAUUUUUUUAGUUGUAGUUUACCAAAGUUCGGUUACUUUUCAAGAUUGAAUUGUUGUUUAUUUUGCUCUUUAAUCGUUACUUAGUAUGUGGUAUUAAUUUGGUAUAUAUUGUUGCUGCUUUGUCAUAUAUAAUUGUGUACUUUUGUGUUGCACAUUAACCUUGUACCUGCCAAAUACAAGAACGCUUCGAAAGACUCCUUAUUAAUUAUUAUUCACUUUAAAUUGUUUGUUCUAUAAAUCGAAAGGCGUUCCAUUUUGUACAAGUAGCUUAACAUAACAAGUUCCAUGUUAGUAAAGUAAGGCAAUUUGAGUAUAAAUUUAUUAAUUCUAAUCAAUCUGUUGAAAAUUAAAUAGAUAAUAUUAUUAAUAGUAUCUUUAUUAAUAAAACUGUUUGGAAAUGCAUUCCGCAGUAUUUCAAAAAUAUAUAAAAACGCCCAUUCGCAGUUUAAUGUUUAAUUAUAAAGUCGUUAAACAGAACGACAUAUAUGUGAGUACAUCGACCUCCUGCGACUUAAUCAGCGAUUAAUACUGCUACAAUAAACUUGGUCAUAUAACUUAUGGAGAUUUUAAGUAUGUACAAAAUAUCUGAUAUCAAUUUUGAUACUUCAUUCUUAGAAUAUAGAGUUUUAAAUACGUAUCAUUCUUCCAACAUAUUUAAUGGAAGUGGCGUGUAUUGAUCAAUACAGACAAAACCAAGAGAAUCCACCUCCGAAAUGGGCGGACAUCCGCGACAUCAGACGAAUUGGUAAUAAACUGAAAGAAGUUGUUGACACUUACAAAUAUCUGGGUCAUCUUUCAAUCUAAAGACGAUUUUACAAACAAGGCAAACGCAUUGGCGGAAGAGCCUAUGGAAGCCUUAUUCAUAGCACUAUUCAUACUUUGUGAUGUUAUAUUUGUAUAUAUGUAUGUGUAUGAUCAUGAUUGUAUAUAGCGCAUGGCAAGUCAAUAAAUAUAUACUAACUUA